AUUAUUCACACCGCUUGCCUCGACAACUCCAUUGGAGCAUCAUUCCUCACCUCUUUACCAUCGAGAAACAUCGAAUAAUAUAGUUCAUCAACAGUCAUGCAACGCGGCGAUUCCCUUAAUUCCCCCUUCGUUCCAUUUUCCCCCAACCCCUCUAUUCAACAAGGGACCCCAACAUCAACCCCUCCGCUGAAGCAUACACUCUCUUCAUCAACUUCCUCCAAUCUCCGCUACUCCUCCUCACGCAAAUCCAUAUAUGACCGCCACCUUAACCGGUCCCAGAGGUCUGAGCUUUCCAAAGCCAGUUUCGCAUUCCUAUUCGGAGAGAUGGUGCAAUAUGCUCAAAAGCGAGUAAAUGGUAUUGCAGACCUUGAGAAAAAGCUCAACCUCCACGGUUACUCAAUUGGCCAGCGAUUGUUGGAACUUUUACUUUGGCGUGAGGGCCGUAGUGCAAAGCGCGAGACACGCAUCCUAGGGAUACUCCAGUUCAUAACUACUACAGUCUACCGCUCUAUCUUCAAUAAACCGGCGGACGGGUUGGAGAAAUCUCGAGACAAUGAGGAUGAAUAUAUGCUCAUCGACAAUGAUCCUAUGGUUAACUCUUACAUAUCGGUUCCCAAGGAAAUGUCACAGCUGAACUGCGCAGCAUUCGUCGCAGGAAUUAUUGAAGCUGUCUUAGACGGUUGUCUUUUUCCGGGGAGAGUCACAGCUCAUAGUGUCCCUACGGAGCAGUUACCAGCAAAGACAGUGUUUUUGAUAAAAUUUGAUGAGUCCGUCAUAGAGCGGGAGUCGGUACUGGGCUAGUCAUACCAAUUUCUUUUGUACUAAGCUUUAUUUUAUUUACAAAGGGAGGCAUCUUGGCGUGGGCGUUCAGGGAAAAUUUGCGUUGCAUUCAAGCAUUAUUACAUUUUUGUGAAUGAUUG